AUGGCCGAGCCAGUUCAACAACCAGCUCCACCGGUGGAUCAGCCUCAGGAGGUAGCAGCAGCACUACUACUACAACAACAACAACAGGUAGCUCCACCGGCACAAGCCCCGGCACAACGGCAACAACCGCAUUCGCAUCCGCGCUUGGCCAAACGCCUGUCUCAUGUGAUUUCCAAAAAAGUCAAGAAAACCACCAAAAAGGUCGUCAUGAUCAAUCCUCUGCGUGCCAUGAAGGAACGCGCCCAUAAAAAGCGAGAAAAGAAGAAUGCCAAAGCCCGACAGCAACUCCAAUCCAUUCUCGAACGAGGCUGGCCGCUGGCGGGCGACCAUCACGACGAAGUGGUCCAAUUGUUGCGCAAAAAACCAUUUUUGGCGGGAGAAGCGUUUGCCGAAGCCGUCUCGGGGCAUUCCACAUCGCCACUGUCGUUUUUGAUUGCCGGUGGCGCGCCAUUGGCGAUCGUCCAAGAAGUCUACCAGCAUUCCCCCGAAGCCAUCUACCGGGCAUGGCCCGAAGAUACGUACCCACCGCUCAUGGGAGCCUGUCAUUCCGGUGUGGCCCAUGAGGUCAUUGCCUUUUUGACACGAGAAUUCCCGGGCGCGCUCUACAAGAAGGACUUUGAUGGAUCGCUGCCCAUUAACAUUUAUAUGCGACGAUCUCCCAAUGGUCCUUCCUAUGAAGUCAUUCAACAAAUGGUAGAUCUAUAUCCGGAAUCUAUCAUUGUCGAUGAUCGGAUUGGAUGGGGACUUAGUCCCAUUGACUAUGCGCUGCGGCUCGACUUUGAUAUCCGUAUUCUAGAGUACUUUGUCCAACGAUGGCCCAAGGAAGAAAAUGACUAUGGACUCUUUUGGGAUUCCAAUUCCGACUUUUAUCCAGACACGAUCAGUAUGGAACGCAUCCAGGUACUCAUGACGCUGCUGCCAGAGUUGGACUACUUUCAUUCCUUUAUUGAUGAAUGGUCCGCCGAAGGAUUGAUCUAUGUCCUGCAAAAACUCACGGAUAACACCACCGUCAUGGAUCUAUGUCUGCGAGUUCCGUACCGGACACUCAUGGCGGACGAGAACGUUGUGGAAACCUUGCUCACAUUGUUGCGCACCAACACCAAGAUUACCAAACUCACAUUGUUGGGAACUCGAGGACAGAUGCGACAGACCGGGCAAGUCGAUGACUCGUACUUUAACCGGGUCCUCGAUGCCAUUCAAGCCAAUCCGGGAGGGAGUUUGCAAGAACUCAACUUGAGUGACUUUUCACUGACCAAUGGAGAACGGUUGGCCGAAUUCUUUAUCAGUGGAGCGGCACCGCGCAUCUUGACAUUUACCGAUGUCUACGUUGCCAACAAGUGGGUUGCACCGACCAAAACCAACAACAAUACUUGUCGAGUGGAAAAGUUCACCAUUAGUUACUGCAACAUUUAUCAACCAUGGUAUCAAGGAUUCCUCAAUCAAUUGCAGUCCCUGAAAUGCCUCAAGGAAUUCAUCUUGCACAAUGGAACGUCCCUCAACUUGAAUGUCACAACCUUGUUGUGUGACAUUCUCCACAACGCACCCCUCCUCUCCUUAAAAGUCACGGGAUAUCAAGUCCACAUGCGUCGGGUCGCGCAAGCCCUACAAACCAACACAUCCUUGGUCAAGUACAGUGCCGAAUCCAGUGUCAAUGUCGAAUGGAAACGAGCUCUUAUUGCCAAUGUCAUGGAGGAACAAAACACGACGCUGGAAUGGGUCGAUUUGCCCGAACCAAAAUCACGCAACGGUACUCAAGGACAACGAUUGGCAUACUACUCGUUGCUGAACCAGUAUGGACGACGCAAGAUUCGUACCACCGCGUCCGCUCAAGAACUGGUUGGACUCAUUAGCGAUGUCAAUGAAGAUACGGGAGGGACGUUGCAAGAGAUUGCCCAACAGAAUAUUCUGUACGGAUUGCUGCAGGAGAAUCCUGCCUUUUGGAGUGGGUUGAACUGUUCUCGUCAAAAGGAGCAAGAGGCGACGAAAACACAAGCACAAGAAGACGAACCAGUGGGACGGGAUGAAGCAAAAGAAGAGGGAGGCGAUGGUCUGUCGGCAGGAACGUUGAUGACUGUGACCACCACCCCUGCUGGAACUGUGAUCUAUGAUCUAUGA